CUGUGGUCACCGCAAUGCAGUAGUUGCCAACCUCCUCCUUCCAUGGCUGCAAAUUUGCCUUAGCUGCAACCUUUUCUCUCGUUGGUGUAUUUCCUGGAGGUUAGUGAGACUCGGCACGCCAUCUGAUCCCUGACUUUCAGUGCAUCUUGAGCGGACUAACAAUGCUUGAAGUAACAAAUUUACGAAAUGGUGAGGUUCUCCCACAUCGGCUGUGUCUUUUACGCGUGGUGGGAACACAGCCAGAAGCCACCUGUGCUGCUAUCCACAACCAGAGUGACAACAGUAGAAAUGGUGCAUUAUGGAAGAUACAUCACGGAGGAUUUAAUGCACUGGUUCCACUUGUUAAAGGGACUAAUGAUUUAAGAAUUAUCUGUGGAACUGAAGAAACUACAAUACAGGUGGUAUAUAAACCUUUGGAUAUACCCCGGUUUAUUCGUCUAGUUUACAUUACAUGUAUGAAUGAAGAUAAGUUUCAGGGGCCAAAAGAGAUGGAACGUUCUCCAAACACUGCAGUUCGGAAGAUUCAGACUGGAGCCUUAGUUUUGCAGGCCUUUGUAGCAGAGACAUUAGCAGCAGAAGGAUUGGGUCGACGCACAUUUCGUUUUGAAUUAGAUACGGAAGGAAAUCCAAUCGUUCAUGUUAUUCAGUUACCUCUAACUAUACGGGAAGCACACAAAUUCACAGAAGAGCGUUUGUGGGAAACUUCAGCUCUGCAUAUUCUUUCCUCUCAUUUAUCAGACAAAAUGUGCAAGUAUGUGGCAUUCUUUGGUGGCACCAGGUUUUCAAAUCCAGACAAAAUAUCACUCAAGAAUGAGACAGAAAUCAUGGGCCUUACAAAAGGUCAGGUGUCACUUGGAGGUGGUGGUCUGGCUCUGGUUGGAACAGGAGCACUGUAUUCAUGGGCAACAGAAGUGGACCAAGUAAUGGAUGCAAUGCAGGAUCCUACACCUGUUGAUUCUACAUCACUGAUGGAUUUUAGUGGUGGAAGGGGUACAUGGGGGGCAUGUUAUGGCACACAUCUGGGCUCUGUGCUACAUGAGUUGGCACAUACCCUAGACCUGGGCCACACCCCUCAUGGCAUCAUGGCUCGAGGUUUCGAGGAUCUGCAUAUCUUCUUCACCACCACAAAGCUUACAUCAGAUUACCUUCCACAGUCACCACGUCACAGCUCUAUUAUGAGGCAAUCAAUGUCAAGUUCCUUAAUCAAAGAGUCAGUUACUUUUACAACUGAUUUUGUGCGAAGAAUUCCAUUGGACAACAUCAAUAUGACGGUUGAGCCUCCUAAAGAACCAUUAGCAUCAAGUGGUGUCUAUAGUCCACCAAUUCUCACUAGAAGAUACCCAACAAAGAUGAACAAUUCUAACUCUGAAUCUAGUUCACCCUUCACAUUAGGAGAAUCAAUAUCUUCUUCACGAAUCCAUAAGAAUCCCUGCAACCGUACUCUACUAAAUGCACCGUCUCCAAAUAUAACGAGCAGUGUUAUCAACAACAACAAACUCCAAGAGAAUGAUGGAAGCAAGUGUCGAGCAUUUUGGGCAAGGUCAAGUGCUGUCUUAUUGGCGUUCCAUAAAUGGCUCAACAUUGUGACUGAUGGAGAUGCUCCUGAAUUGAAAGGGCAAGGUUGGUAUACACAGCAACUCCUCUGUGAACAAUCAACUUCAAGAAUCUUAAAUUGUGCAGGAGGAGCCUGUGAAGUAUCUCAUGAGCAGAAUAUUCCACUAAAUAACAUAAGAAUCCAGUUACUGACCCAUGCCUUUCUGCCAGAAAGUGAUGUUAAUGUCAUAAAUAAAAAUUUUCUUAGUUGCACUUACUUCAGGAGUGUUGCUUAUCCCUUAAUCUCUUUCUUUAUUUAGGUUAUUGAUAAUAAAAUUUUGUUUCAUGUACACUAUAUCCUAUAUUAUUACUGUACCUUAAUCUAAUCUUAUCUAAUU